UAAAUUGGGGCCUGCUGGGGGACAAUCACAUGUAACUACCAGGGUCAUGGGCACGCCUGGUUAUGCUGCUCCAGAAUAUUUUGCAACAGGGCGCUUGUAUGUGAAGAGUGAUGUGUACGGAUUUGGUGUAGUGCUGCUAGAAAUGCUGACAGGCAUGCAGGCACUUGACACAGAUCGGCCAACAGACCAGCACAACCUAGUUGAAUGGGCAAAGGCUUUUCUUUUCUCCAAAAGAAAGUUGAAAACCAUUAUGGAUGCUAAGAUAGAAGAUCAAUAUUCACCCAAGGCAGCAUGGCAAGCAGCACAACUUACUCUAAAAUGCCUAGAACCUCACCCUAGCAAACGUCCUUCUAUGAAAGAUGUACUUGAGAAAUUGGAAGUCAUUGAAGCUAUCCAUGAAAAAUUGAAGGUGUUUAGUUUUGCGGAGCUGAAAUCUGCAACAAGGAAUUUUAGGCUUGACACAGUGGUUGAUGAGGAUGGUUUUGGCUUUGUUUACAAGGGACAGCUGGAUGAGAAGACCCUAACCCCUGUCAGGGCAGGUUUUGGAAAGGUUGUUGCCAUAAAAGAGUUGAAAUCGGGCAGCAUGGGAGGGAUUUUAGAGUGGCAGUCAGAAGUAUUCUUUUUAGGAAUGCUUUCUCACCCCAACCUGGUCAACCUAUUGGGUUACUGCAGGGAUGGUAAGUUUCUUGUGUACGAGUUCAUGCCUAAGGGAAGCUUACACUAUCAGCUAUUCAGAAGAAAUUCUAACUUCGAACCACUUUCAUGGAACACCAGGCUUAAAAUAGCUAUUGGAGCAGCCCGGGCUCUAGCUUUCUUGCACGCCUCUGAAAGACAUGUCAUGUACAGAGAUUUCAAGGCUUCACAUAUACUACUCGAUGAGGUCAGUUUCUUUUGUUGGUUGAUUUCUUCCAAUGGAAGCAGUUAUUCUUUUGUUAGUCCUUUCUCCUUUGUUUGAAAUUUCAA